AUGUACGAAGAAAUGGUUCCCAUAAAUGAUGAUGUGUCUCGCCACUGUUCUCUUCCUUCUUUCAAGUCAAGCACCACUAUGCCUGCCUCCGAUGUGGGCGAGGAACGCCGACUGCCUCCUCUCCCUCAAAUCUUGCCUUUGCCACCCCGUGGUCCUUUCAGUCCAUUCAACGUGAAGGACACCCUUGUGCCCACUACCCCAAAUUCCCAGGACUCUUUCCAAUUCAAAUCACCUUGGACACCUGCAGAGCACAUCAUCGCCCCUCCCUCGCCCGCCAACUCUGCUGAAAGUUCCUGGCAAGAGUCUUUUGCCAUUCAGAAGUCUAACUCGGUCGAUUGGCCCAAUGAUCUCUCCCAGAAUGAGAUCAUGGCUUUGGUGGCCCCCCAAAAUCUCAACCGCAAGGCUCCCCUACAGCAGCUCUGUGGCCGUAAGCGCAAGGGCAGCUCUCAAUCUAACGAAGAUGACCAGCGUGAGAAGCACCGCAUCGCCGAGGGAAACCGACGCAGCAACCUGAGCGACCUGCACCGCCAGUUGGACAGCCGCAUCCACGACUUCUUCCUUGAGCGUGCCGGCUGGAACCCUUCCAAGAGCCUGACUCAAUCUAAGGAGCACAUUGUGCAAGGAGCUAUCUACCUUAUCGACUUCAUGCUUGCCAUUAUUGUCCACCUCAUUCGCCAGGAACAGGUCACACCACAGCUCUCAGAGAAGCUACAGCCCCAGGUCCGCUGCAUGCAGUUGCAGCAGCUGGUCAGCUCCCUGCAGCAACAACACCAGACUGCUCAGCAACAGCUCAAGGCCACCAAGGCCGAGAACGAGAUGCUCGCUGAUCGCAACCGCGCUCUGGAGUUCAAGCUCAAGUCAUACGAGCAGAUGUUCCGCUCUCCAAAGGUCGAGAGCACCAGCCCCGGCUCCGUCCUCGAGUUCCCCGAGCACAAACGCCAGAAGAAGAGCAACAACCUACCAGGUCUACGGGUCUUCUGCGAUGAGAUCGCUGCCAGCAUGCCCUCCGAGCCUUCCUAUACCUCUGCCUACCACGACUCCAUGCCCAGCUCUACCUCGCAAUCCUUCACCAGCUCCUAUCUCGCUGCCACCCCUCCCAUGACCGGUCCUUCUUCUCCUGCCUUCCCACCUUCACACCCUUCCUCUUAUGCAUACUCGGCCGGGCCCCGUCACCACUCUCUCAUUGCAUCUCCUUAA